CCUCGGUGUGUGUGUUGAGUGCACUGAGGGCUCAGUCCUAGUCAAAAACAGUGAGUGCAAAGAGUAGGUGCCAUUGGGGGUGGGAAUACUGGAUGUGUUUGGACACUGCUAGCCCACUGUGGGCGUGUCCAGCCAUCUAACCCAACAGAAAACUUUGCCUUAUAAUAAACUUCGUGGUAGCUAGCUGUUACAUCACUCUAGAAGCAGUGUGAAAUCAUAGCUCAGGGCUGUAGUUUGCCAUGGAUUUCAUCUAGCAACACCAGUUUAAACACAAUCCCUAGAUAUUAUAUCUUAUCCAUUCUCAGUUUUGCUUCUUUGUAUGUGGUCAGUCCUUUUCUGUAUGGACAUUAGUGCUCGUUUUCAGGGAAGAGGGGAGUAAACUAGCAAAGCAGCCUGUCCUCCCCCCCCACCCCCCUUUUUUUUUCCCACCUUCUCCUUUGAAUGAGCAAGUAUACCUUCUGCAGCCUCUGAUGAUGAUAGACCUAGCUGCACAGAGCAAGGGAAGGAAAUCUGUGGUGGGGACAGGCACACGGAGCUAUGGCUCCCUCCUCCCUGAUGUUUUGUCCCAAAUGCUUUUCUGGGGCUCCCUGUCUUUUCCUCUGUAACGUAUAAGUAAUGACUCCUAAGUGCUAAUCAUUUUCGUUUGAAACAGAAGUGAUAUUUUUCUGCUCUCAGGAAGAGGAGAUAUUGAUCUUUACAAUAGGUGAUGUUCAGAUAUUUACGUAAAUGUAUUCAUUCUAGGAGACUAGUGCAAAACAAUCUUUUAGGUUUUGAAUUUUGCUUCCCAUGUGUAUUAAUAUGUAUAAUAAAUAAAUAUAUGUAUUUUUUUUCUUUUUCCUCCCCAGCAGCAAAAACAGAAGCAUGGCUGUGCUGUUGCAAGGCCUGUUUUUAUUCAUCAGUAACUAAAGAUCGCCUUUUUUUCGCAAUUCUCUGCCAAAAACCAAAGAGUGGAGCUGCAGAUACCCAUUAUUUCUGCGUAGACAAUGAACUUGUGUAUGCAAACUUCUAUAGAGAUUUUGGACCACUAAAUCUGGCAAUGGUCUACAAAUACUGCUGCAAACUAAACAAGAAAUUAAAGUCAUUUUCAUUGAUAAAGAAGAAAAUAAUUCAUUAUACUGGCUUUGAUCGAAAAAAGCAAGCAAAUGCUGCGUUUCUCAUAGGCUCCUACGCAAUAAUAUAUCUGAAAGAAUCACCAGAAGAUGCAUACAAGCUUGUUUUGGCUGGCAGUGUUUCAUAUCUUCCUUUCAGGGAUGCUUCAUUUGGUACUUGCAGUUUUCAUCUAACUUUGCUGGAUUGUUUUCAUGCAAUAAACAAGGCUUUGCAGUAUGGUUUUCUGGAUUUUGAUGAAUUUGAUGUAAAUGAAUAUGAGCAUUAUGAGAGAGCAGAAAAUGGAGAUUUUAACUGGAUAAUACCAAACAAAUUCAUUGCCUUCAGUGGACCUCAUUCAAGAAGUAAAAUUGAAAAUGGCUAUCCACAUCUUGCUCCAGAAGCUUAUUUCCCAUAUUUCAGGAAACAUAAGGUCACCACUAUAAUACGCCUCAACAAAAAAAUGUAUGAUGCCAGACGUUUUACGGAUGCUGGAUUUGAGCAUUUUGACCUCUUCUUUGCUGAUGGAAGCAUACCUAAUGAUACCAUCGUUAAAGCAUUUCUAAGUAUUUGUGAAAAUGCUGAAGGUGUUAUAGCCGUUCAUUGCAAAGCUGGUCUUGGACGAACUGGCACACUUAUUGCCUGUUAUAUUAUGAAGCAUUAUCGAAUGACAGCUGCUGAAACUAUUGCCUGGAUUAGGAUAAACAGACCAGGUUCAGUGAUCGGACCACAACAGCAUUUCCUAAUGAAGAAACAGCCAGAACUUUGGAGAGAAGGAGAUCUUUUCCAUCAAAAGUUGAGACGGAACUGUAAAAUGGGUGUAACAAGAAUCGUGUCAGGAGUAGGUCAUAUUUCAAUUAAUGGUAUUAGAAACAGGAGGACAAUCCAAAACGACACUGAACUGUACAGUGAUGAAGAUGAAACAGACAGUAUAACGCAAGGUGAUAAGCUUCGUGCUUUGAAAAGUAAAAGGCAGGCAAAAUCUACAACUGCAUCUCCACAAAAAGUAAUUCUGCAGUCCAGUGUUCAGAAAAAUAAAACCUCUGAACCUAGCAUUUCUGACAGUACAAACAUUACUAAAAGAACUACCAGAUCUGCAGCAAGAAACAAAAGUAUAAAAAGCAGCCAGUCCACCACAAGAACUAGAACAGUAUUGCGUUAAAAUUUCAAAUUGGCAAGCUGUGUUGAAAGGGGAUAUCCAGGCAUGAAGGGGAUACAACUUGAAGACACUUGAUUGCAGUUCUAGGAAGAUGUCUUUGGCUCCACUUAAGCAGAAGAAACUCAUUCAUACUUGUAAAAUAAAACUGGCAACAUGCUUGGCAUACAGUUUCUUAAUUACUAAUACUUCCUCAAGCAAAACCAACAAAAUAGUGUAAAUUCAGACUCAGGUGUAAAUACUUGAGCUCUCUAUUGUAAAGAGGGCUCCCUACCAUAUAUGAUGCAUGUGCAUAAAAUGUGAUGGCAAUCACAGCUGCUGACCACCAGAAGUGAGAAAAUGGUGGGAGUUUUUAAUAUGUAAAUCUGUGUUGUUCAUUCAGACUGGACUUAGGUCUCCACUUGAGACUGAAACUCUACCACGGAGGUUUUUUACUUAUAGGAUUGGUACUCUCUUGUGUUAACUGGCUAUUCUUUCUUAUUUUAUAUGAAUUUUUUUUUAUGAAGUCCUGGUGUUGAGAACAAAGUAACUAUUGUCCACCAAAGAGUGCUUUAAAGACUGUGAUUUUUUUUUUAAUUUUAAUUUUUUGGGGAAAAAAAAAAACAAAAACCAACUGAAAGCAAUUAUAUUGUUUUUAAUAGCGAUAGAUUUUCAGUUGUUCCCAACCACUGGCUCUUUUAUCUGUUUGUAAUUGCUUUAAAUCCAGUAUGAUUGUAAGAAGGAGGAAAAACAUUUAAAGCAGUGAAAUGUCAUUACUCUUUCUUUUCAUAUCAUCACAUCUUUUAGAUGAAUCUUUAGAUUACCAUAUCUGAAAGAUAAGACGUUUUUGGCAGGACGUAUUGGUAGAUUUAAUAAGUUACGAAUGUUACUGGCUUUUUGCUUGAAUGUACUUAAUGAGUGCAGCACAUUAAAAAAAAAGAAAAAAGAAAAGAAAUAUACACUUCCUGUGCAACUGAAAUUGAUAAUGGAACUCUGGAGCAGAUACAGUUGGGAACAUCUAAUUACAAUGAUUAAAAAACUGUUACUUACUUCUCAGUUAAAAGCAAUGAAAUUUUUUUAGCAAUCUGAGAUUGAAAUUUUCAUCCACUGCAAGAUUUUCAAACACAGUGUUUUUUCCCUUCUGCAUUCAUAUUAUGAAAUAUGUCUCAAAAGCUUGCUUUGAAGUGAGGCAUCCUUACUUCCUGGAAGUUUAUAGCUGCAUUUCCCUCAAAUGAGAACUGCUGCCACAUAGACUUAGAUGGAAUACAGUUCUCUCUUCGUUUUGUAACUCUUACAAAAGAGAGGAAUAGAAAAGGAGAUCUGGAAUCAUAGAAUCAUAGAAUCCUUAGAGUUGGAAGGGACCUUUAAGGGCAAUGUAGUCCAAUUCCCCAGCAGUGAAAAGGGACAUGCACAGCUAAAUGUGGUUGCUCAGAGCCUAGUCCAGCCUAGUCUUGAGUGUCUCCAGGGAUGGGGCAUGCACCACAUUUUGUUGCAACCUGUUCAGUGCCUCACCAUCCUUACUGUAAAAAAAGACUUUUUCCUUAUAUCCAACCUAAAUCUACCUUCUUUAAGUUUGAAACCAUUUCCUCUUGUCCUGUCACCACAGAGCCUGCUAAAAAGUCAGUCCCCUUCUUUAUUGUAGCUUCUGUUUAGACACUGAAAGGAAGGUGUUCAGACCUUUGGAUCAUUUCUGUGGCUCUCUUCUGGAUGUGCUCCAACAAGUCUGUGUCUCUUCCAUACUGAGGACUUUGCAUCUGGAUGAGGUGAGGUCUCUCCAGAAGAGAGUAGAGUGGCCAGAUUGCCUCCUUCACCCUGCCAGCCAUGCCUCUUUCAAUGCAGUUGGGUAUGGUUGGCCUUCUGGGCUUCAAGAGCACAGUGUUGUCUCAUGUUCAGCUUGCCACCCACCAGUACCUCCAAGUCAUUUUUGUCUGGGAAUUUUAGCAACAGAAUAACUUAAGUUUUUAAAAGAUCCAGAUUAUAUUUGCAAGGGGGAGGAUUUUCUUUCUAUGAAGAAAGGAUUCUUUUCAAAUGAAAGGAAGUGUUCUGUUACACCAGUGGUUUCUCAGUGCCACUAUGAAUAACCACACAUGGGUUUGAAUACAUUUUGUUGGCUAAAGAAGAGCAUUGUGAGUUGGAGAGUAUGCAGAAUGUAAAAUGUAUGGUGACAUCUGUGAGUGUAAAUUUAUAUAUAUAUAUGUAUGUAUGUAUACUUCAGAUUUGCAAAUAUGAGCACAAAAUAGGUUUGUAUGGUGCAAGAUAAGGAGCACUGAGGUUUAUACCCAGUUUUUUUUUUUUGUUGUUUUGUUUUCCAAUUAAUUUUCACAAUCUCUUUCACUCUCUUCUAAGUGAAAACCACCCAAAAAAUGGGACAGAACUCACCCCAAUAGUGAUAAAAAUUUUAUUGCUUUUUUUUUUUUUUUUUUUACUUUUUUGACCUCCUUCACCAAAAUGGCAAUAGAUGGUGUGUUGUGCAAAAAUUAAUCUCUUUAUUUUUGAAGAAAAUUUCCAUCUUGAAAAUUUUAUGAGUGAACUUACUUGCAAAUCUUAAAAGGCAGGAGGGAAAGGAUGAAACUAAUGAGAUGUAAGGAUGAGAGUUAAAACAAGUAAGAUCUGUUGAUAAUGUUUUGGCCUUACUGUUCUCUUAGCUGAACUUCUUGAUCUAAAAUUUAUCAGCAUAUUCCACAGCCCUUCAAAAUUCUGACUUGGAAUUUCCAUUUUUUAAAGUAAUCAGCAAAGCAGUUAGUACUCAGAAGUUAAUCAGAAGCAAAUUUGCAUGAAUUGUACACCGCAUGGCAACUCAAGUUAAACCAAAACUGUUUGUCGUGAAUAUGUUUGAGGCUACCCCAUCCAAAAAUGAGUAUCAUGCUGAGAAACACCAAAGUGUCAGAGUAUCAGAAAUAAACAUGAAAAUUCUCCAGGCAAUCUUAUAUGGUGAAUUAAUCUGUUAGCUCAUUGCGUCUCAUCUAAUUAUAUUGCUUUGUCUGUCCAAGUUUUUAGUAUUUUGUUUUCUAUGUUUACUAUGCCAUACCAAAGCUGUCUUAAGUACAAUUAUGAAGUAGUAGCCAUGGGUGGGGGAGUUUGUGGUUUCCAAGUCUGUUUUGAAAUGUGCAGUACUGUGUGCCAAAAAGGAGCACAUGUAUGACAGCAGUGCAACAGAGCAGCUGAAGGAACUUAUUUCUGCUAUUACCAAUUAGCAGUUUUGGUUAAACUUAAAAAUUCUUUCUACUCUUUCAACAUGCAAGAUGGAUUCUUCUGUGAUCUCUGCAACAUAUUCAAUGGUUGUCUAUCUUAGGUCUAAUUGCUAGCUUCCAUUACAGCAUCAGUAUAGUAAUAGAAGCUAAAUCAGACCAUGUCCUUUUGCCCCAGGACAAUAGAAAAAGUGCUGCUUUAAAAAAAAAAAAAAAAAAAAAUUUAAAAAAGUAGGUACUCAUGCAUUAAACUGCGGUGAAGAAAAAGUUACAUUCACUGAUUUGUUGCACUGCAGUUUUUGUAUUAGUAGUUUGCAGACUGUGUCUUGUGUAAACUUGUGUACAGACUAUCAAGAUCUAGAAGUCUUCGACUAAUGAGCACUAUUCAUCUUGAUUAUUUUUAACUUGUAUAUUUCUAAUCAUAUUUUUUUAACUUGGAUUGAUAGAAUGGGAAUUUAUUUUGCUGGAGGUAUUUUUAAGAUAAAGCUUCAUAUUAUCUUGUAAUAUCAAAUAGCUCAAUAUGCAUUUGUGUCUCAUUUGAAAAUAGUGCAUAUUGUAUUUGGUUUUAUACAAAAUAUUGAAUAGUGAGAAUUGUAAACAUGAAUUACGUAAAAUUAAAAAUAAUAAUCAGAA